GAUUGCUACAUUCUCCAUCAUGAACCAACUCCCCUUCCUUAGAUUCUCAUUGUCACCCCAACAUAUCCGUAUCCCGAAGUUCCACAGGGUUUUUAUUCAUCUCUAACUAGUUAAUCUUUUUGCCUUGGGGUUUUAGUGAAGUGGCCAUUCUCAUUCAUUGGCUGAGAUACUUACGGGCAGUGCACGAAAUUAUUAAUCUUUCUGGUUCAACAACUUAAGUCUAGAGCCUAUCACAUCUCACAUCAGCAAAUAAACACCAGGGAGGGGAAAAAAAAAAGAAACACACUAAGCGGAUAGAUGAAUGGGCCAAUCCUGUGGCUGAGGAGAGUAUUUCCUCUCUUUUCUUUGUUAGCCUAAUAGGUGAGGAUUGUGGUAAGAGAUUUUAAAAGCACCUGAGAAAGCAGUGACAAGUAGUGACUGCUCUGAGUUCACAUAAGUCUCAAGCAGCUUUGACUUUUCCCUAAAGAGUCAGGAGGGACCCUAACAAGUCUGGUUUAGAUGGAGGAGAAGAGUAAGAAGGACCACCGGGCUCUGCUCAACCAAGGAGAGGAGAAUGAACUGGAGGUGUUUGGUUACCGGACCCAGAAUCUUCGCAGAGCCCUGUGCCUUAUAACAACCAUGCUGACAUGUGGGGUUCUUCUGCUGGUGUUCUACUGGAAGCCCCAGUGGAGAGUGUGGGCUAAUUGCAACCCAUGCCCUUUGCAAGAAGCAGACACUGUUUUGCUAAGAACAACGGAUGAAUUCCAAAGAUAUACGAGGAAGAAGGUUAUAUGCCUCUACUUAGCGACACUGAAGUUUCCUAUAAGCAAGAACCCAGAAGAACCCUUGGUGGCUGACCGUCACUCUGUCAUUAACCAUGCGGUAUUGAAGCCAGAAUUAAAACUGCGAUAUAUCCAAGUGCGGAAAAUCAGGUAUGUUUGGGACUACUUGGAGAAGAGGUUUCAGAAAGUCGGCCUGCUGGAAGACAGCAACUCCUGCUAUGAUAUCCACCACACGUUUGGACUGGGCCUGACCAGUGAAGAGCAAGAGGUCAGAAGAUUAGUGUGUGGGCCCAAUGCCAUUGAGGUAGAAAUCCAGCCCAUAUGGAAGCUGCUUAUUAAACAGGUUUUAAAUCCAUUCUACGUGUUCCAAGCCUUUACCCUAACUUUGUGGCUGUCUCAAGGUUACAUAGAAUACUCUGUGGCCAUCAUCAUCUUGUCUAUUAUCUCCAUUGUCUUAAGUGUGUAUGAUUUGCGACAGCAAUCAGUGAAGCUGCACAACCUUGUGGAGGAUCACAACAAAGUCCAGGUUACAGUCAUGGUAAAGGACAAAGGUUUGCAGAAGCUGGAAUCCCAUCUCUUGGUUCCUGGGGAUACUCUUAUUCUUCCAGGAAAAACUUCAUUGCCAUGUGAUGCUAUCCUGAUUGAUGGAAGCUGUGUGGUGACUGAAGGCAUGCUCACAGGAGAAAGCAUACCUGUCACAAAGACGCCACUGCCCCAUACGGAGAACACCGUGGCCUGGAAAUCCCACAGCUUGGAGGACUAUCGGAAACAUGUCCUUUUCUGCGGGACAGAAGUUAUCCAGGUCAAGCCGUCUGGGCAGGGGCCAGUGAGAGCAGUUGUUUUGCGAACAGGUUACAAUACUGCCAAAGGGGACUUGGUGAGAUCCAUCCUCUAUCCCCGACCUCUGAACUUCAAGCUAUACAAUGAUGCCUUCAAGUUUAUAGUGUUCCUGGCCUUCCUUGGCAUUGUGGGUUUCUUCUAUGCCCUUGGUGUAUAUAUGUACCACGGAGUUUCUCCAAGAGACACGGCAACCAUGGCCCUGCUUCUCCUCACCGUGACUGUCCCUCCUGUGCUACCAGCUGCCCUGACCACAGGAAUCGUGUAUGCACAAAAGAGGCUGAAGAAAAAGAAAAUCUUCUGUAUUUCCCCACAGAGAAUCAAUAUGUGUGGACAAAUAAACCUCGUGUGCUUUGACAAAACUGGCACUCUUACGGAAGAUGGGCUGGACCUCUGGGGGACGGUCCCUACUGCUGACAACUGUUUUCAGGAAGUGAAUAGCUUUGCCUCAGGCAAGGCUUUGCCAUGGGGCCCGCUGUGUGCUGCCAUGGCCAGCUGCCACUCUCUCAUCCUUCUCAAUGGGACCAUCCAAGGAGACCCACUGGACCUCAAAAUGUUUGAGGGCACUGCCUGGAUAAUGGAAGAUUGCGAUGCAGACUACCGCACAUUUGGGAUGCCAGGUUCAAACAUAAUAAUAAAGCCAGGACCAAAAGCCAGUUGGAGUCCCGUGGAAGCCGUAGCCAUCUUGCGCCAGUUUCCAUUUUCCUCAAACCUGCAGAGGAUGUCUGUGGUCGCUCAGGUGGCAGGGGAGGAUCACUUCCAUGUGUACGUGAAGGGUGCCCCGGAGACGCUGGCCAAGUUCUGCAAGUCUGAAACAGUACCCAAGAAUUUCCCACAGGAACUCAGGAAAUACACAAUACAAGGCUUCCGUGUCAUUGCUUUUGCCCAUAAAGGCUUGAAGAUGAAGAAGCUUUCAGAAGUAGAGAAUUUAGCCAGAGAGAAGGUGGAGUCAGACUUGUCAUUUCUGGGACUUCUCAUAAUGGAGAAUCGCUUGAAAAAAGAAAGCAAGUCAGUCUUGAAGGAACUGCAUGAAGCCUGCAUCAGGACCGUGAUGAUUACUGGUGACAACCUUCAAACAGCGAUUACUGUGGCAAAGAAUUCUGAAAUGAUUCCUGGAGGAAGCCAAGUGAUCCUUGUUGAAGCCAAUGAACCAGAAGAUUUUGUUCCUGCCUCUGUGACUUGGCAGCUGGUUGAGAACCAGGAGAAUGGACCAGAGAAGAAUGAAACCUGCGUUAACAUUGGGAACAUUUCGGUGCCUGAUGGAGCGAGAGGGAGCUGUUACCAUUUUGCAAUGAGUGGGAAAUCCUACCAAGUGAUAUUUCAGCAUUUCAACAGCUUGCUUCCAAAAAUCCUGGUGAAUGGAACCAUUUUUGCAAGAAUGUCUCCUGGGCAGAAAUCUAGUCUUAUUGAAGAAUUUCAGAAAUUAAAUUACUACGUGGGCAUGUGCGGAGAUGGAGCUAAUGACUGUGGGGCUUUGAAAAUGGCUCAUGCAGGCAUUUCACUGUCAGAGCAGGAGGCAUCUGUGGCCUCCCCUUUCACCUCGAAAAUAGCCAACAUCGCGUGUGUGCCUCAUCUCAUCAGAGAAGGCCGAGCUGCUCUGGUUUCAUCCUUUGGGGUAUUUAAAUACUUGACCAUGUAUGGCAUAAUCCAACUUAUUGGUGCAUCACUGCUCUAUUGGCAGCUACAGCUCUUUGGGAAUUACCAGUAUCUCAUGCAAGACGUAGCCAUUACCUUGAUGGUCUGUUUAACAAUGAGUUCAACUCAUGCCUACCCCAAACUGGCUCCUUACCGACCGGCAGGACAGCUCCUCUCUCCCCCUUUGCUGCUCUCAGUCUUUUUGAACACCUGUUUCACCUGCAUUGUGCAAAUCUGUGCAUUUCUCUAUGUGAAGCAGCAGCCCUGGUAUUGUGAGGUCUACAGAUACAGUAAGUGCUUUCUGGACAACCAAAGUAAUUUCUCAAUGAAUAUGAGUUUGGAGAGAAAUGGGACUGAAAAUGCAACGCUGAUUCCUGGUUCAGUUUUAAGUUUUGAGAGUACCACACUGUGGCCCCUCACCACCAUCAACUGUAUCACAGCAGCGUUUAUCUUCUCUAAGGGAAAGCCAUUUCGAAAACCCAUCUACACAAACUAUAUAUUCUCAUUUCUGCUGAUAUCUGCCUUGGGCCUCACAGUUUUCAUUCUGUUUUCUGACUUUCAAGAUAUAUAUCGUGGAAUGGAGUUCAUCCCAACACUGACCUCAUGGAGGGUUUCGAUUUUGGUGGCAGCCCUCACCCAAUUCUGUGUGGCCUUCCUCGUAGAGGAUUUCAUCCUUCAAAAUCGAAAGCUCUGGCUAUGGAUCAAAAAAGAAUUUGGAUUCUAUUCUAAAAGUCAAUAUAGGCACUGGCAAAAAACGCUGGCAGAAGAUUCCACCUGGCCUCCCACAAACAGAACGGAUUAUUCAGGCGAUGGUGAAAAUGGAUUCUACAUCAACCGUGGCUAUGAAAGCCCUGAACAGAUUCCAAAAGCGAAACUCGAGAUGGAAGGCCAAACCACAGAACAGCAUUUUUGGACCAGGCUGUAAUCAGAAUUAUUGUCAUAUGGGGUUAACAGCAUCCUUGCUCCCAGAAACUAACAUAUUGUGGAGAGGUGAUGACAGUCUACCUCUACCUUUCUUUAUCCAUCAGAGAAUUCAAGGUGCAUUUCUCGAUGUAUUGAACCUUGCAAAAAAGAACCUUAAAUAUGCUUAUUUUGACUGUAUCCUCCACUACUGAGGGAAAAACAUGAACUUCCUCGAUUGUCUUUUUUUUUUUCCUUAAUAUUGCAUACCAUUAUCCUGGCGGAAAUGCCCAAGCUUUUAUGGUAGUGAAAUUAGUGGUAUGAACAUCAGUAGAAGGAAAAUUCAAGAAGAGUUUGGUCUUUGAAAGUUUCACCAAUAUAUCUUUAAUUCACAGACAAAUAAAAGAAUAUGGGGGGAAAAAGUCUUUCUAUCAAUAAAUUAUCACAAGUUUACUGAACCUUA